AUGUUCUUUCUAUUGCAUAGCAUAGCCAGAUGUGCAUAUUUUUACAAUGGUAAUAACACGGUUUCUGUGUAUACUACUACUAACAAAGAAUAUACUUUAGAAUUCAAUCAUAUUUACUUUUUAGACGAAAAACCUUAUGCAGAUGUUACAGUUCAAUGUGGCUCAGAUUCUCAGACCUUUUACUCAGGCUCAUAUUCUCCUGGGGCUAUGCAUAUCAGAACUUCUGGCUGCACGAUGACCAUUGAGGGAGGGUCAUAUAGCGAAACUAUCGUUGUUACAGAUAUAAAAAAUUCGUACAGUGACUGUGAAAGUCCUGCCGUUAUCAUGGGAGAUUAUUCUGCUAGCGGAAGUAGCUGGGAUUGUGUUUAUACUUCAGCUAAAAAGAUUUAUACAGAUUCAUCUUUCUCCAGAGCUGCUGAUGCUGAUGGAUAUGCUGCUUCCAAAUCCACGACCUAUUCAUCAAGCUACAAUUAUUAUUACUAUGGUGUUCUUCAAUUCAAACCAAGCAGCUCACAGUCUUUCAAGACAUCCACGAGUUCAAACACAUAUACUAUUUUCACGAAAAAAUCUUCUUAUAGAUAUAUAGUUUUUACUGAAAAUGGUAUUGAUUAUGGAAGCGGAAGCGGAAGUGGAAGUGGAACUGAUGAUACUGACACAUCUAAUGCCACAAAAUGCACAACGUGGCCUUGUGUAGAGGAAGAUCCAUAUAAAAAAGUGAAAACAUGGAUGGGAACUAUGGAAGCUUGGAAAUACUGGAUGUAUCUUGGAAUUAUUGGUCUUGUUAUCUUCAUUAUUGUUGUUCUCGUUCCAUUUAUUUGGUGCUGCGCUUGCUGUUGCCACUGCUGUUGCUACGCUGUACAACCAACACCAAACAAGGCAGUUGAGCUUCAAGACAACCCAAGCCAAUCAAAGACAACAGUUGUCACUGUUCAGCAAGGUCAGCAAUACCAGCAAAGCCCUCAGAACUCAGGUUAUACACCUGAAAUGUACGCUCGCCGACAAGCAUUUGAGAUGCAACAGACUAUGCUUCCUCCAGAGCAAAGAGCACAAUACACACCUGAAAUGUUCCAAAGAUACAUCGAAUACCAGAGACAACAUCCACAAGAAUAUUAA